UGAACCGGGGCGUCACGCUUUUGCUCGAUGCUAUCAAGCACGAUGUGCCAAAGUGACUGCAAGCGCGGGAUUUCCACGUCCAUUACAUGUACAGGACGGAAAAUCCUCCCUCUACGCGGGGAACUCACACUCAGCAAGCAGUGAAGUCUCUAUUUGUGACGUUCAUUUUAACAUUUGCACUCCAUCCACCGCAAUACCAACCUCCACUCUGACCAUGGGCAAACUUUUCGGCUCGAAAGGCGGUCUGCGCAUCGAACUCAACCGCGGGAGCUACCAACCUGGAGACGUAGUGAACGGCACCGUGUACUUGUCGGUCUCCGACGAAAUCAAGACCAAAGGAGCUCUAGUACUCGAGAUCAACGGAGAGGAAUACGUCAAGUACAACGAGGUGUACGGCGAAUCGGCCGUGCCGCGCAAGCAGUCUAACCAGCUCCUGUCCAACCAAUUGGUGCUGAGUGACAACCGCGAUUCGUUCGCGCCCGGGGAGUACGUCUUCCCUUUCAACUACCAGCUCCGCUCCACGCUGCCAGCGAGUUUCCACGUUGACCGUCGUCAUGCUGGAGAGUUUUGUGACAUCGACGCUGCAGUCAAGUACAAGCUGAAGCUGAGGUUACCUGUGAAGGGUGCGUUUAAAUCCGACAUCAAGGCCGAGCGCCCACUUAUCGUGAAGCCUGCGCAGACGGCGCAACUCGUCCAGUCACGGACAGAUGCCACUGCAAAACACGCGAAGCUCUUGGGCAUGAUUCGCCAAGGAAACUGCGAAGUCUCGGGGUCUCUGGAACGCGACGUCUACGUUGCUGGCGAGACGCUGCAGAUCCGAGCCUCCGUUGUGAACGGCUCGAGUAUGGACGUCAAGUCAGUGUCUGUGCGUCUCGUGGAAAACCUUGUCAUCCACGCUAACAGAGACCAUAAAAAAGAGAUCAAGGCUCAGACUUGUCUUGCUGAGAAGGACUUCGCAGGUGUCAAGGCUGGAGCUACGACGAUCGACCAGGCCUACUCACUGGACCUGGUUGGACGCUCCGAGCGCUUCGCAGUGCUGUCUCCGAUGGCCUCAAGCCUCGUCAGCACGAGUCACCACGUCGAAGUUCGCUGCAAGUUCCUUAUGAGCCCGAACGUGCAUAUUGAGAUCCCAGUGAAGAUUUUGGCUCCACUGGUGACGGACGUAGCGGCCGCGUCGUCGCAGCUCAUGACAGAUCACAAGACUAAGGCCCUGGACUAAGUGAUUGCCUCAAUAUAUUUUUUUAGCUUCAACUUCUAGAUGGCUUCAAUGAGGAUUUUUCUCUCGUUUAGCACCCA